UCUAGAGCGGACCGUGGUUCGGAGAGAACACAGAUCUAGAGCGGACCGUGGUUCGGAGAGAAUACAGAUCUAGAGCGGACCGUGGUUCGGAGAGAACACAGAUCUAGAGCGGACCGUGGUUCGGAGAGAACACAGAUCUAGAGCGGACCGUGGUUCGGAGAGAAGAAAGAUCUAGAGCGGACCGUGGUUCGGAGAGAACACAGAUCUAGAGCGGACCGUGGUUCGGAGAGAAGACAGAUCUAGAGCGGACCGUGGUUCGGAGAGAACACAGAUCUAGAGCGGGCCGUGGUUCGGAGAGAACACAGAUCUAGAGCGGGCCGUGGUUCGGAGAGAACACAGAUCUAGAGCGGGCCGUGGUUCGGAGAGAACACACUGAGAUCUAGAGCGGACCGUGGUUCGGAGAGAAGACAGAUCUAGAGCGGGCCGUGGUUCGGAGAGAAGACAGAUCUAGAGCGGACCGUGGUUCGGAGGAGACUUACCUGUUCUCUACCAUUGCCAGAGUGCAUCAGCUGACUCCCACACGACAAACAUGCUGGGAAAACUGCUGCUAUCCACCGCUGUGGUGCUCGCCGCCUUUCACGGGUCCGCCGCACAAAAAAUAUCCUGCAGUAGGGUGCGAGAUGACGCCAUAGCUGCAUGUGGUGGCGCGUCGGGAUGUUACAUCCCAGAGUGCAACGAUGACGACUCCUUCAAGAACCCCCAAAGCGGAACAUCCCGCCGCUACUUGAACUGUGUCAACCCUCUCAAUGGCUUUAUCUUCCAGGAGACUGCUUGGCGACCGAGCAGAGAACCGUUUCCACCUAACUGCAUUUAUUACUGGCUUACACACCAGGCGGACUGUUCGGAAGUGCGAGAUGCCGCCAUAGCUGCAUGUGCUGGUGUGGUGGGAUGUUUCGCCCCACAGUGCAAUGAAGACAAGACCUUCAAGGCAGAGCAAUACUGGGGAUCCACCGGCUACACGUACUGCGCCAACCCUGUCAAUGGUUACAUCUACCAGAAUACCGCCAUGCCACCCGGGGAGCCGCUAUCAUGGGACUGCGACGCGUACUGGAUCACACACCAAUGCAGGAAUGAGCGAGAUGCCGCCAUAGCUAAAUGUGCCGGCAAGUACGGAUGUUUCAUCCCACACUGCAAUGAAGACGGGACCUUCGAGACGGAGCAGAACUGGGGACCAGCCGGUCUCACGUACUGUGCCAAUCCUGUCAAUGGUUACAUCUACAGGAAUACCGCAGGGGGACCUGGGGAACCGCCAAUAGCGGACUGCAACACGUACUGGACAACAAACCUAUUUGUACCACCGCCCUGUGCCAUUGACAUCAUUCUCGUCCUGGACGUGUCUUCGAGCAUCCCGCAGGAACAGUUUGAACUCGCCCGGGACUUCAUGAUGGCUUUUGUCGACUGUGCGGGUAUGCAAGGAAAGGAUAUCAGGAUUUCAGUUAUCACCUACGCCUGCGAAGCGCGGACAUACUUCGACCUGGCACCAAUCACCAUGGAUAUGCCAUACAACAUCCACUACGUCAUGAGGGGCGACGGAGGCAUAAGCCGAACCGGAAACGCCAUCUACUACAUGAACUUCACGUCCAAUUUCCGUGCCGAGGCGUAUCAUGCAGCCGUCAUUCUGACAGACGGACGGUCCGAUGAUAACGACCUAGCUGAAGCUCUAAAGGUGCGGGCCGCUGGGAUCGAGCUGUACGCCGUGUUUGUCGGGUACCCCCGUCUUGUGGACAGGGAUGCGCUGGCGACCAUGACUGGCAGCAGCGAUCGCGUGUUCAGUGCUAGGCCGUCUUGCUUCACGUCGCAGAAAGUCGUGGACGAUCAGUGCGGUAAGUAGCUCUCGCAUAGUACAGACCUACAAACAACCUCAGUCGAUUUGACAAGGGGACAUCGUGUGGCCUAAUGGUUAGUGUGUCCUGCGUCCCUGAUCACUCAACAACCUAAGAUACUAUUUUUUUAUCAAUCUUGUCUGGAAACAAACCGUAGUUCAGCAACCUGACAUGUCGGCAAUGUUACUGAUGUGUCUAUCCUAUUCGAGAGAAGUGAAGAUAAUAUAAAAUUGCUUUAAAUCAAUCUUACCCUCUUCACCAUGAUCGGGGGAUUAUGAUAAAAUCAAUCGUUUAAUUACUUUUUGAGUUUGAGUUUUAGAGGUGACAGUCAAUAGGAGCACUGCA